AUGGACAAUAAUAUUGAACCUGAGAAUGAAGAAAACACGGGGGAAACAAAUAAUAGUUAUAUAAACAUUAAUAAUAAUCUAGGUGAUUCUAACCGCAGAAUUACCGAAGAACCUAAUAUCAACGAACCUCUCGAAACAACUCUCAGUACAACAAGUAUUCCACAAAACAUGACAGAAGCCUCUGAAAUACCUUUAUAUAAUAAUGACACCGCGUCACGUAUUACCUCCAAUAUAUUCCCUAUAACGUAUACUUCUGAUACUGAUAUUAAUAAAUAUCAAGAAUCAAUAUCGCGUUCUCAAUUAAGUGGCAGUGAAUUUUUUAGAGAUGCUAUUAG